AGAGUUUCCGGGCGGUCGCUGGUGAGUGACCUCCGGGGGCGGAGGGUUUUGGGGGGUGGGGGGCGGUGUACCCUGCCGUGUCUCCUGGGAAUGAGGGAGAUGUGAGGCCGGGCCUUCUCCUCCCUCAGCCCCCCGGGGGGGGUUUGGUUUGGUUUGUCGCGGAGCCCGAGCCCGCUCCCUCCAGGAAGGGCCUUGAGGAGAGAAUUCUACAGCGUUCCUGCCCCCGGCUUCAGGGGCCUCCUCCUCCGUUAGAAAUUUGAUACGCUGAAGAAAGAAACAAAGAAAGAAAGAUGGGUAACACAAGCAGUGAACGUGCGGCGAUGGACCGCCAAGGGGUUCACAAAACCCCUCGGAGGGACAGUACUGGCAGCGCUAUUCAUACCAAAGAGCAUGACCGGCCAAAGAUUCUGAUGGAUAGCCCAGAGGAUGCUGACAUCUUUCAUGCUGAGGAAAUCAAAGUAAUGGCCCCAUUGGAGAAGGAGUACUUGGCCUGGCAGCAUGACUUAGAAGUUUCUGACAAAAUUUCCAAACAGGCUCGCCCAACAGUCUUUCGGUGGAAAGGAGGUGGGAAAGAAGUCUUUAUCUCUGGAUCCUUUAAUGGCUGGACCAACAAAAUCCCACUUACCAGAAGCCACAAUAACUUUGUGGCGAUUUUGGACCUACCAGAGGGUGAGCAUCAAUAUAAGUUCUAUGUGGAUGGCCAGUGGACCCAUGAUACAUCAGAGCCCGUUACCACAAGCCAGCUUGGUACCAUCAAUAACGUUAUCCGGGUGGCCCGAACUGAUUUUGAAGUGUUUGAUGCACUGAUGGUGGAUUCACAGAAAAGUUCAGAUGUGUCAGAUCUGUCAAGCUCUCCCCCUGGCCCGUACCAUCAGGAUCCAUAUGUGUACAAACCUGAGGAGAGGAUUAAAACGCCACCUAUUCUGCCGCCACAUCUUCUUCAAGUAAUUCUGAACAAGGACACGGGCAUUUCAUGUGACCCUGCGUUGCUGCCAGAACCAAACCAUGUCAUGUUGAACCAUCUGUACGCUUUGUCCAUCAAGGAUGGCGUUAUGGUGCUGAGUGCCACCCAUCGCUACAAGAAGAAGUAUGUCACAACUCUGCUCUACAAGCCCAUAUGACCAGUCACACCAUAUUACUCUGUCUUCCAAUCAGGAAGCUCCAUUUCCUUCGGUGAUCGCUCACCAGUUCUUGUCCCAGAUGUGCUCGUGAGGACCGAAUGGAAUUGUAAUUUCCAGAACCUUCUUCAGCAAUCGAUAACUUGCUUUACUUCCUGCUUCCUGUUUGUUAAAGGGAAAUCUAUAAUCCGAACGCAGACAGAGUACCUCUCCUGAUGGUUCCUCAGACUGAAGCGACACUGAAAAGCUAGACCCUAACCAUGAAUCCAUAUCUCUUACUGCAGCAUUUCUGACUCCUAUUUCAGUUUCUUCACCCUCGGGUCAGAGUGCUUUGUGGUCUUUUGAAUCACAGACCUUGGAUUCUGUGAGUGAAGGAGUCACUGGAGUUACCAUCCUACAUCGGUUUCACAUCAUCCUCAACAUGUAAAAGUUCGAGGAUGAGAGUCCUGCUAACAAGCUCUUGGUUAGAUUGGGAUACUCAAUAAGAAGCAUUCAGGUUAAUUAAGGGAACAAAAGUGUGUGAAUUUUAAUGUACUGAAGAAUGAUUAGAAAUUUGUGUUUCUUUACAUUUAUGGGUCCACUCUCUGUAUUCCGCAGUGCUCACUGUACAUACUCAUGGUACAUGGCAAUGAGCAGAUUUUCCUGUUGGGGUUGUGGAACCUUCAUUCUGUCCCUGCUGAUGGCUGGUGAUAGGAGGACUCAGUGAUUUGGGUGUAGCCUUUGGUAUAGUGACAUACUGUACUUCACUAGGCACUCUCCAGUCAUUCAAUUAUAUUCAUAAAAGUGCUUCUGUAAUUCUCCCAGUCAGUGAAAGUAGCACCGGAGUUUCUUGAGCAACAUAAAGUCUUCCGUACAUAGUGGAAUUACAUCUUUAAUUCCAUCUCCUCAGUCCAUCACUACCGUGGCCCAAGGGAUCAUUUUUUAUGUAAGUCUCAGUAACUGUUGUGACAGUGAAUUCUGAUCAUGUGCCCUAGUUCCCUGGUUACUGGGAGAUUUGGACUGCCCUUACUCAAAUGCUGUUAUUUUGUUCCAACCAAUAUGUUCAAUUAAAAACUGAGAGAUAUGGACUUCCCUUUGUGCAGAGAAUUUACCUGUACCAGUCCAGCAGUUCUAGCACAUAAAAGCAAAGCCCUGAAGCAAAUUAGCAGCUCUGGUAACAUUGGUGGAGAGAGAAGCAGAGUUGUAAUUUUAAGUUCAGUGACUCUUCUUCAGAAUCCAGUUGUCUCAUGCCCAGUUGCAGCUCUUCUCCCUUUUUUACAUGUAGACAAUUAAUCAAUUAAUAGCCACCAUUUCUUUUCUUUCUAACCUUACUAUAAACAAAUUCUUCCUGCGCGCGCGCGCGCGCGCACACACACACACGCGCACGCGCACACACACACACACACACACACACACCCCCCAACUCUCUCACGCACACACACACACGCACACACCCUCCACAGACACACACACACAGUUGGGAAGCUGUAUCCUCAUUCCGUCCUUGUAGGUUUCAGAAGUGAUCAGGAACAAGAGCUCAAUUAGUCUUUAGCAUUCUUGCGGCAAGUUUGCCCCUCCUAAUCCUGUCCUUGCUGGGAUCAGCUAAUUCAACACAGAUGUAGAAUAAGACUUGACUGCUCUCAGCUUCAGCAUUUGUAUUGGACGAGGUGUUUAAGCCAUUAGGUCAUUGGAAAGCAUGCCAAAAUAAAACCUGUUAAGCUCACUAGCAUCCUUCCAUUUAUUCUCCUUCCUCCCUUAGCGUAUGUGAGUAUGAAUCUGACCCAGCGUACAUUUCUGACUAAUUUGUUAGUGCCUGUGCAACUUUAAGUUCAGGGCUGGAGGAGGGACAUGACAUUUUGUCAACCAGGUUGUUACCUUUACCAAAUGAGAGAUUUGGAAGGACUCUCGGGCCGUGAUCCUCUUGUUUGAAUGGAGCGGACAAUUGUGCCAGUUACGCUGUUUGCCUUUUAGCAGUUUCACUUUUCCUGCCAAUCGGGCUCUGUCUGUCAAAUAAAUUCCUGAACUGUCAACUAAAUUAAAUUCAUUCCAUCUGUUGGACAAUGUCACAAAUCACUGAGAUUAGCCUGUGUUUGUUGUACUCUUGUAACAGUGAACCUUGCAGGAGGUGGUCUGUUACCAUGGAAUUCUUUGGUUUGCUUGUAUCAUUGAAGUUCAUUUGACAAUCAAUAAAUGUCAUGAUUUGA